UCAUUCUUCCUCGCUUUAUUCAUUAAUUCAUUCUUCCAUUUCUUUUGUGCCGUCAUGGCAACAGGGAAUGAUGUUCGCGAGAUCUUUCAACUCAAACCUACUGAGCUAGCCAAACGUGUGCACAAGACAGAGAAGAAGCCAGAUGGUAUUAGUCGUGAGCUGUAUGGCCUUAUCGGAAACAAUGUCUCAACAGUAGCCUUCAAUAACCCAACUUAUAAACCAAAACUAAACGUCAGCAAGAAAGCUGUCAACUGGACGUGGCGACCGUUUGUCAACCCCUCUCGAGAUGAUGACUUGAUUCUGCAUCAUUGGGAAAAGACUAGAACUGACCCGAAUGAAGAAUACCGCUUUUACAGAUUCAACAAGGAGAUUGACAUGAGAACAUUUACUCCAGAAGAAUAUGCGGCACAUCUCGAAGAUCCUGAUUGGACCCUAGAAGAAACUAACUACCUGUGGGAACUCUGCCGGAAAUUUGAUUUACGUUGGGUUGUAAUCCAGGAUCGGUAUGAAUGGCCUCCACAAGAGCAGGAUCGUCUGGCACUGACUUAUUAUAAUGGCAAUAAACGGCCCGGAGUCGACACAUCCUCUUUUAAUCAUACCAUAAGAAAAAUAGAUGCCUCGUCAGCGAUGGAGAUUGAGCCUUCAGUAUCAGCCUCUACCGUUGAUGGGUCAUCGUCAGGAACCACGAUAACAGCAGCAGCAGGAGAAGCGGCAUCAUCGACAUUGACAGAUAACGGAGCUUAUUCAUCAUUGACUGCUCCAAUAAGGGCUGAUGCUUCUACUUCGGUUGUACUAUCGGGAUCUUCAUCUCCAUCUAAAGAAAUUGUGCCUUUCACGGCACCAAAGACAAGAUCCAUGGAAGAUCUGAAGGACCGUUAUUACACCAUUAACCGCACUCUGAUUAGGAUCCGGACAACAGAUCCAUCACAGGCAGUGGAAAAGGCCCAGCUGCUUUCCUCAAUGGCAUACGAUAAGAGCAGGGAAAUGGAACGUAAGAAGAACCUUGAGAUUUUAAACACAAGGACACCAGAACAGAUUGAGGAGGAAGAAGCUCUUUAUCUAGAAGCAAGGAGGAUUGAUCAGAACGAGAAAAAGAUCACAAGAGAACGCGAGAACUUACUGCGACUACUUAACACAAGAGACAUCUAUGGACCUAAUGGACCGGCGUCGGCUGGAUUGGCGGGUCAGGUCGCCAGUGGUGGAGGCCCUGGUACUGGUAUAAUUAUAUCUAGCAAUUCAAUUACUAUUCCGUCUUCAGGACCUACCAUCAACGCAGGCGCUAACGGACCACUUUCGCCCUCGGUUGGGAAGAAUGCCAACAAUGCUGUGGCUGCUGCUGCUGCUGCUGGUGCGACACAGACUGCGCCUCCAAAGAAAAGAAAAAAAGUACCCAAGGGCUCGGCGCAGGCAGAGGAACCAGCAGCUGUCUCUGCUGGUACAAAUGCUACAUCUACUGGAAUUUCUGGUGCAUCUGUAUCGUCUUCACAAAUCAAGGGGCCUGCGAGUAACAGGCGACCUUCCAAUACUUCAUCUGUGGGUGAUGUAUCAUCGUCCAGCUUACCACAAGGAGUACAGGUUAAGAAGGAGAAAUUGACGCCAGGAGCAUAUCUAAGAUCUCAAAAAAUGACACCAAUUGUAUCAACAAAACAACAUCGUGUCACAGCAACCCUGACCCAGUUGGGACUCCCCAUCAAGCCAGCCAUGCCAACAGCAGCAGUCAUGGCCAAGUGGGAUCAGCUUAAUAUUAAUGUUGUCACAUUACUUGAUCUGAAAAAGCAAGUCGAUAAGCUGGAAUCAGAUCUCAAGGUGGUCAAAAUGCGACGGGGCAGUGCGUCAGGCGUUGGUCUCUUCCCAGCAGGUUCCACUGGAGUCAAUGGUACAACAGGAAGCUCAAGUGGCACGGGUACUACAAGCAAUGCUGGUUCUGCGGGAUCAGAUGGCAGUUUCGGAGUCAAGCGUGAGGGCGCAGCGGACGAGACAGGCGCUUUAGGCCCAAUGAAGAAGAAGAAGAAAAAGGAGUAAAAAAAGUUGGCGGAGGAUUCAUGAACCAAGUCAUAUUUUAUUCUUCUAUCUCUUUGUAAAAAGUCUUUUUUUUUUUGACGUUGGAAGAGUCACCAGGA